AUGAUUAAGAGCAUUCACACACAGGAGGCCCACACAGGAAGCCCACACAGGAGGCCCACACAGGAGGCCCACACAGGAGGCACACACAGGAGGCCCACACAGGAAGCACACACAGGAGGCCCACACAGGAAGCCCACAGAGGAAGCACACACAGGAGGCCCACACAGGAAGCACACACAGGAAGCACACACAGGAGGCCCACACAGGAAGCACACACAGGAGGCCCACACAGGAGGCCCACACAGGAGGCCCACACAGGAGGCCCACACAGGAGGCCCACACAGGAGGAGCCACACAGGCACACAGGCCCAGGAGCCCACACAGGAGGCCCACACAGGAGGCACACAGGAACAGGAGGCCCACACAGGAAGCACACACAGGAGGCCCACAGAGAAGCCCACACAGGAAGCACCACACAGGAGCCCACAGAGGAAGCACACACAGGAGGCCCACACAGGAGGAAGCACACACAGGCCCACACAGGAGCACACACAGGAGGCCCACACAGGAAGCCCACACAGGAAGCACACACAGGAGGCCCACAGGGCCCACAGGAGGAAGCCCACACAGGAAGCCCACACAGGAGCCACCCACACAGGAAGCACACACAGGAGGAGGCCCACACCCACACAGGAGGCCCACACAGAAGAGGCCCACACAGGAGGCCCACACAGGAGGCCCACACAGGCAGCACACACAGGAGGCCCACACAGGAGGCCCACACAGGAGCACACACAGAGGCCCACACAGGAGCACACACAGGAGGCCCACACAGAGAAGUCCCACAGAGGAAGCAGUAGAGACAGUAGAGUCACCACACAGGAGGCCCAGUAG